GUGGAGUGCAAGGGGUUCCGGUGCUGUACUGAGCUCCGCGCCGACUGGCUUCCAUCCCACUCUGUUUGCAGGUCUACUAGACAAGAGUCCAGGCGACACUUCUAGCAGCGAGAACUGAGAGGACUACUCAACAAGGGAUAGGCCCAGGAGAAAUGGAGUCCAAAGAUCAAGGAGUCAAAAACCUCAACAUGGAAAAUGACCACCAGGAAAAGGAGGAGAAAGAAGAAAAGCCGCAAGACGCUAACAAAAGGGAGGCACCUGUGGCCGGGCCUUCCGAUUUGGAAAGCAGUGUGCCUAGAGGAAGUCGCAGGCGGUUCCGCGUUAGGCAGCCCAUCUCGCACUAUAGAUGGGACCUGGUGCAUAGGGCUGGAGAGCCCCAGGCAAGGAUGAGAGAUGAGAACGCGGAAAGGCUUGGGGAGGAUGUGAGAAGGCAGCUCAUGGAGAAGUUAAGGGGAAGGCAGCUGAGCCAUAGUAUGCGGGCGGUUAGCACUGACCCGCCUCACCAUGACCAUCACGAUGAGUUUUGCCUUAUGCCCUAGAGUCCUGAGGUUUUCUCUGAAGAUGAUAUGGGGACCCCUGACUCUAAAACGUAAAUUUUGUCAUGUACUGCUGUAAAUUUUUUGAUGUUACUUGUUCCCAUGGGUCUCCACGUCUGCCAGCUUUUAAUUGAAACUUGUGUCUUUGACUCAGUCUUAAAAUUUUUUUUGUUAGCAGAAUUUAUCUAAUGCAUGGAAAGAUGCUCAUUAUAUAUUGUGAAGCUAAUAAAGCAGAUUUAAAAGGCA